AUGUAUUCACCAAUAUCUUCGCGUACUCGCAGUAGAUUGGGACUGGUCGCCAGCAAACAAUUGACGACACAACAAGAGCAGGCCCACACGGCAACUCCAUGGGAGCGAACCAAGUUAGGCUUCUUCGAUCUGCCUCCAGAGAUCAGAAUCCGCAUCUACGAGCUGGCCAUCCCUGACCUAUGCGCAGUUGCUGAGAUAGUUGAUGAGGAGAUACCUGAUGAAGACUGGGACAAUUAUCCUCCUAAGAAAUACUGCACUGUCCCUCGCAAGCUCAGACUCAACUCGUGCGUACAGGACCAUGAUAAGCUCUGGGUCGAUGGCCGCCGAGUCCACCAUUGCAGCAACAGGCACUGCCAAUGUAGGACUGGCACAGCUCCUCUAUUCCACCUGAAGCAGGUUCUAGUCAACCGCCAGUUCUAUUCCGAGUUCGGGGCAGCCGUCAGAGCUGCACCAAUCGACUUUCGUUUCUACAACGGCUUUGACUUUUACAAAACCUGCAAGCACCCUCUACGGAGUCACAGCACACCAGUCCAGUUACCAACAAAAUACCUGGCCAGGGUGCGCGAUGUGACGCUGGAGAUUGGGCGGGAUGAAGGCUUUGAUGGUUUCUGUCAGCUUGUACUGCCGAGGCUGCUCAAUCUGACAAAGUUGAACAUCGUUGCGUCAGUUGGUGUCAACCAAGGCAAUGAAAAGCUGUAUCUCAUGCCUACAGAGCCUUUCGCGCCUCGCUACCUAUGUAUCGAGAAGGUGAAUUUCGCCGAGUUGACCGACUUCCCAACCUGUCUGAGGACAGACCGACAUCUUCCGGAUCUCUUGGAAGCUGGCAGGAAGUUUUGGCAUGCCUUCCUUGCCGAAGGAGGUUUUGUUGACCAACCACGAGUUGAUGUCAGGUUGACACUUCGAGUGGGCGAGUUUCAUUACGAAGCGCGAGAAUCUGGUGCUUUUCUCGGGCUGAAACUCUCGAAAGCUCAUUUUGCAAAAAUCGAGUCCAACGGACUUAAUGACGAUGGCACGAUCGCCGUCACCGAAUGCCUCAGGAAGGCUCAAGAGCAUGUGAACGAAUACUGGCGUCUUUAUUGCUCGCGUCAAGUCGGCUGGGGCUACGCCAACUUGGCAGUCAGAUUGGGCUCCCGGGAAUUGAUGCGCAAUUACCUUGGUUGA